CAUUCUUUGACUUGAAAUAAAAAGUGUCCUUUUAUUCUUCACUAUGCAGCACAUUGAUGAGAUCCCCGAUGAUCUUAAGCCCCUGUACAAGACAGUUUGGGAAAUUUCUCAGAGAACUCUUGUGGACAUGGCUGCAGACAGGGGAGCCUUCAUUGACCAGAGCCAGUCCUUCAAUGUGUUCUUUGCUGAACCUAGUUAUCGCAAGCUAACAAGCAUGCAUUUCUAUGGCUGGAAAAAGGGCCUGAAGACUGGAAUGUACUACUUGCGUUCACGCCCAGCUGCUAAUGCAAUCCAGUUUACAGUUGAUCAAGAAACUCUCAAGAAGACAACCAAAACCAAAAAGGAGAACACAGAAGUCUUGGCAUGCUCUCGAGACAAUCCUGAUUGCUUAAGCUGCAGUGGAUAAAUUAAAAACUGCCUUGCCCUUCUUAAGAACUCAACAAAACAUCCAAAGAUACUUUCCCUUGGGUGUGCUAUGGUAACUUUUUUCAAACAAUAAUGCACUUUCCCAUAAAUUGCUUCAACUUUCUAGUCUAUUUGUGAGAAGCAAGAGCUGUCUCGCUUUGGAUUUUGUUAUAUUGACCCUUUUCCUCCCAAGAUCUUUUUAGUAAUUCUCUUUACUGUUUGCCAUACAUUCUUAUGAUGUAAGUUUGGAGAAUUUGGUAUUGGAUCAACUAUUA